AUGGCUGACAGGUGGCUCCUGGACCAGAUUCCAGUUGCUGAUGAUGCCUUCCGAAGCCAUGCGUUACCUGUGCAGGCGCCGGAGGAGUGGCUGGCGGAGACGAUGCCGCUGCGCGAGGAGGCGGACGCGCAGGGGCUGGUGACGCGCACGCUGGGCCUCACCUUCGCCACGGAGCGCCGCUUCUUCCAGGGCCCGCACGACACGAUGGCGCUGCGCUGCGUGGCGCGCGUGGGCGGGCGCGAGCGCCAGCGCGUG